GUUUUUAUGUCAUCAGUCAUCAAAUCAGCUGUGUACCACACACAAGGAACAUGUAACAUAAUAAAUGUGCGUAUUUAAAAUUUCGAUGUGAAAAUGUCCACAGGGAUAAUUGACAAAAAAACGACUAAAUGUUUAUGAUAAAUUUAUUGUGGAGUGACCAUGGCGCGCCGGAGAAGCAGUGGUAUCACGAGCCUGGCUUUUAAUCAGAAUCAAGGCUGCUUCACAUGCUGCCUAACAUCAGGCCUGCGCGUUUACAAUGUCGAUCCACUUGUCGAAAAGGCCCAUUACAGCAAAGAAGAGCUGGGCGAGGUGUCACUAUGCGAGAUGGUGUUCCGCACCAACUGGCUGCUGGUGGUGCGCGCGCGGCGGCCCUGCAGCCUCAUGCUGCUCGAUGACCAACAGCGUGCCUUCCGAGCGGAGGUGCUCUUCAAGUCGCCGAUACGGGCCCUGCGCGCGAGGAAGGAUAAAGUGGCGGUAGUAUUGACAUCCUCCAUCCAAGUGCUAUCACUGCCAUCGUUACAGCGCGUAGCGUUGCUCCGUACUCCCGCGUCCGCCCGGCCGCUGUGCGCGCUCGCGACUGACCCCAACGCGGUGCAGUUGUUAGCUGCGCCAGCGCAUAGGAAGGGAUCGCUGCAGUUGUUGGAUGUAUCACGGGCUGUGAAAGGUGCUCAGUCAAGUUCCCCUGCGGUAGUGGGUUGCCAUCAAACGGACCUCGUGUGCAUCAGUCUAUCGGCUAACGGGGCGAAACUGGCAACCGCGUCUGAACGGGGGACCAUUAUACGGCUGUGGGACACUAGUACUAAGCAAAUGAUACACGAACUGCGGAGGGGGUCAGACUAUGCGGAUGUCUAUUGUAUAAACUUCAACUGGUCGGGCUCACUCGUGUGCUGCGUGUCGGACAAGGGCACGCUGCACGUGUGGGCGGCGCGCGGCAGCUUCGCGCGCGUCUGUGCAGCGCCCGCCGCGCCGCCGCUGCGCGCGCUCUGUGCCUUCGCGGACGAUACCAGCGCGCUAGUGAUAUGUGAAGAUGGAACUUUUCACAAAUUUACCUUUUCGGCGGAAGGCAACUGCCAUCGUAGUGAUUUUGAAUACUUCUUACAGGUGGGAGAUGAUGAUGAAUUUCUUCAUUGAUAUUCGGACUGUGGGUCUAAAUUAGUAGGACCUAAAUAUAUUAUUUUAACCAAUAAAUCAGUGUACAAAUUGGUGGACAAGAAAGUGAAUCAACAGUUUAAUAUUUAUUUUGUUGUGAAAAGUGAAACCUUUAAUAUUAGUACAAAAUUAUAGUGACCACAAAAUAGUUUAUAUUGGUGAUAUUUUUUCAACACAAAAAUAAUUUUUAUAAGGUGCAAUAUGUUAGAAAAAUUAAGAAAGUCAGAAAAUUUGCAUUCCUCCUAACUUAAAAAAAAAGAAGCCCUAAUAUUUCCUCCAUUAUUUUUCCUCAAUAAAUAUAAUAUAUAUUAAUAGAAACGAUAUAGCAAAGUAGUAGAUACACUUCAUAUUAACACAAUGCAAAACAUUUAAACUAUAAGUUUUUAGUUAUUUAAAAUAAUAACAAAUUCAAUUCGACCUAACUUUUGAGAUUUAAUUUCGCUUUUAUAUUUGAACUGCGAACAGAUAAUUUAUUUUUAGAGUUUAAAACAUUUUGUUUUAUCCAAUUCUAUUUUUUUAGACCAAAUUCUUGGUCCAAAUAUUGUCGGCCAUUUGCAUUUUUAAUAAUAAGUUAUGGCCUUUAUAACCAUUGUCUUUGUCUUUAAUAUAAACGAAAUCUAUAUUUUAUGUAUCUUUUAAUUUAUUUCAAUAUUAAAACUUUAACACGUAUAUUAUUAGUCUAUUUGUACCAGAAUUUAUAUUUACAUAAAUUUAUAAAAAAUAUAACGCGCAAUGUAUAUAAUUAUUUUAAUUAUUCGUAAUGCGUCUUAAUCGAAUCAUAGCCUUUUUCUAUCUUCUUAUCAUAAAUAACUUUAGAGUUUUAUAUUAAAAAAAACACUUUUAUUGUUCUGCAUAAACAUUAGCCUUGUGAAGAAAGGGUGAUAAAUGUAAUCGCUCAAUAUAUAAUUUUGCAAAUAUAUAAGUGACGUACCAAAUUGCAAAUGUAAUAAAAAAAGCAACGAAUUAUUUACGCGGCUACGCGUGGGCGGUAUUUGAAUAAUGUGUGAUGUCUUACUUAGCGGUCUAUGUUAAUUUUAAGUUUAUAAUCUAAUAUUACCUUAAAUUAAUAGUUGAAUUGAACUGAGAAUAGAUAUUCACAUUAAUACAGUAUACAACAUAUUGUAAAGUUGUAUACAUAUUUGUAAAUAACUAACCACAUGUUAUUAGGAUUACGAUAUAGAGAUAUGAAUAAUAUAUUAUGUGAUCGCUUGUUAAAAGUUACGUAUUUUAGGAUGUAUUGAACACUACAUUUGCAAUAAACAGUGUUUCAAACAUCAUAUCAUUAUAAGGGUUAAUGUUUGGCUACAUGAGCACACUUAUGUAAAUAUAUUAGGUUUAUUUUUUUAUAAAAUUGUGACAAUGACAAACUCCACUGUUUUGUAUAGAAAUGCUAGGGUGUGGAGGUGUGUUCUCAAUAGGGUAUUUGCAAUUUUCACAAUAAAAGAUUCCUUUUGUA